UCCUUUUGUACAAAGGUCAGUAAACAUAACAAGCUGUUUGAGAUCUCUUGGUCAGCAGUAUGGGUCGGCUUGAUGGGAAGACAAUACUGCUGUCUGCAGCAGCACAGGGGCUUGGACGAGCAGCUGCUAUAGCUUUUGCUAAAGAAGGAGCCAAAGUCGUUGCUACAGACAUCAAUGAGUCUAAGCUGCAAGAACUGGAGAAAUAUCCAGGCAUUCAAAUACGGGUUCUGGAUGUCACCAAAAAGGAGCAGAUAGAAAAUCUGGCCAAGGAGAUUGAAAGGAUUGACGUCCUCUGUAACAUUGCAGGGUUUGUUCAUCAUGGAACCAUUCUGGAGUGUGAGGAGCAAGACUGGAACUUCACUAUGAACCUCAAUGUUCGCAGCAUGUAUCUAAUGAUCAAGACAUUCCUUCCUAAGAUGCUUAAACAAAAAUCUGGAAAUAUUAUAAAUAUGUCUUCUGUGGCAUCCAGCGUUAAAGGAGUUGUGAACAGAUGUGUAUACAGUACUUCAAAGGCAGCAGUUAUUGGUCUAACAAAGUCUGUGGCUGCUGAUUUCAUUGAACAAGGCAUCAGAUGCAACUGCAUAUGUCCUGGAACUGUUGACACACCAUCUUUACAGGAAAGAAUACAAGCCCAGCCGAACCCAGAACAGGCAUUGAAAGACUUUCUAGCCAGACAGAAGACUGGUAGGAUGGCUACUGCUGAAGAAGUAGCCCAUCUCUUUGUGUACUUGGCCUCUGAUGAAUCUGCCUACAUGACUGGUAAUGAACUAAUCAUCGAUGGAGGAUGGAGCUUGUGAUUGACCCUACCUGCAAAUGGAAAUUCAUACUAUGAAAGGCAAAAAGUGAGGAUCAAGUUUCUCAGUUAAGAUAGCUUGCGAAGAUUUAGAUCACUCACAUGAGGUCUUUCAAAACAAAUUUGGUGCAUUUAUACUGCUAUAUGAUCUCUUUAUAGAUUGAUCUUACUGAUUCACUUUUUCCUAAAUAGUGAAACACUGUAGUAAAACAUACUUUGUGUGGCUUCAUUUUGCCGUAACUCCAAAAACAUGAAAGAAUAACAAUUUAACAUUUAAGAUUUCAGAAGGCAAAGAAUAUUAUUUAAGGUAUAAAAUCUGAGUUGUGUUUUAAGCAAAUCUGAGUGAAAGGAAUUAAAUACUACCUUUAUUCUCAUUCUGCAAAGUAUUUGGAAGUUAAACAUGCACAUUAGAUUUCCUACUAGGAUUGGCAGACUAGCUAGAGAAAAUGGAGCAACUACUAUUAAAUCAGCCAGUUGGAUCCUGAACUAGGUGUGGUUUAAACAGAAGAAAGCAGAAAUAACAGCAAAUUUGAAGAUUUGAAUGUUUGAAUCAUUUUGUUACUGGUAAUGGAUGUUUCUAUAUUACAGAACAUAGUAAUUGCAAAUUGUAAUUGAAAGCACAUUCUGCUUUGCAAACUACAAAGUAAGUUCUUUCUGCUCUGUACUAUGAUUAGCAAAAUGUUUUAGAACUGUAAUAGCUGUAGAAAAACAGUCUGAAUUGUUGAG